AUGCCAUCACGGGCCGUUUUACCAAUCUGGCUGGGCGAGGCAAGCGAUAAACUUAAACUCCCAGAAGCCAAAAUCCUACUCGGCGCUCUCGGUGAAGCCUUCUCUCCUACCAAGCAACAGAGGUUUGAGUCGCACACCCCGCUUAUAGGCCGACCACGAGAGGCUCGGUUCGAACCACACAAGCCUCUGUCCUUCCCAUCAGACAUUUGGUCACUCGGAUGCUCUUUAUGGAACAUCAUAGGUCAAAGCUCACUUUUUGACGGCAUGUUUGCAACCGAAGAUAGCAUCACUGGUGGGCAAGUCGAUGCACUAGGUAUGCUACCCCCGGAAUGGUAG